UUACUGUCUGACUAUUUGAAGAACUUGCAACAUUCUACUCGAUCACACAGAAGGGAACCAAAUGUAAAUCGCCCACCAGAAGAAGAAGGCACUGCGUUUGAAUCUGAUAUUAUUUUGACCCCUGAACAAGCUAACGAAAUAGCUAGAGAAAUGCUGACCGAAAACAGGAAACGACGACAGACAGUAAAACAAGCUACUAAGAUUUGGCCGAAUGGUAUUAUAGUAUAUAGAUAUGACGAUCAGUGGCCUAAUAACCAAAAUGGUAAUCUAGCAAAAACUAAUAUAGAAAAGGCGAUGAAAUUGUGGGAAGACACAACGUGUCUAAAAUUUAUCCGUCAGACACCAAACACACCACUAGUCGGUUAUAGCGUUGUCAACAUAUUGUACGCACACAAAUGUCAAUCACUGAUUGGAAGGUAUGAACAUGGGUCCCAAGACUUAGAAGUUGCCACAUACUGCAUAGACAAGAUUGGCAGCUUGGCCCAUGAGCUUGGUCACGUAGCAGGUAUGUUUCACGAACACUCUCGACCAGAUAGAGAUACAAACAUUACAGUGUUUAUAGAGAAUGCAAAACACGGAACUCAACAAUACUUUAAAAAACAUGGAAAGGACGCAGAACGAACGAAUGAACCAUAUGACAUUGGAUCUGUUAUGCACUACGGCCCAUUGUUUUUUAGUAAAGAUGCCAACUCUAAUAAAUAUACUAUGCAACCACACGAUAAAAGACUAAUGGCUGCAAUGGGACAAAGAACACACUUGAGUUUUACGGAUAUAAAAACAAUCAAUGAUUUAUAUGAUUGCCAUAAAAACUGUCCAAGAGGUUUGCAGUGUAAUAACGGUGGUUACAUUGGUCCAAACUGUGCUUGUACGUGUCCUUUAGGUUUAACUGGAAGAGAAUGUACAAAUGUUGUACAUAGUUCGUCAGGAUGUGGAGGCGUUUUGACAGGUUCAUCAGGAAAAUUCUCGAGUCCUAGUUAUCCACAAAAAUAUCCACUCUCAACAACUUGCACAUGGCUGAUUCAGGGAUCAGCAGGAUCUUCCAUCAGAUUGAAAUUUACCUCACUAGACAUUGAAGAUGAUCCUAUCUGUUUUUAUGAUCACAUCGAAGUAAAAACUUAUGGACCAACUUUGGAAGGGCCGAGAUAUUGCGGUAACACCAUUCCAGCAGAAAUCAGAUACAAUGGAAAUACAUUGGUUGUGAAGUUUAUCUCAGAUGAGGAGACUACUGAAUACGGAUUCGAAGCUCAAUAUACUAUUCAUUAAUACUUGUCAACAAAAUUUGACUUUUUGUCAUUUUGCACACACAUGUUUAUUUUGAUAAUAAAUACAUUAUUUAU